GAUCAAAAACAUUAACGAUACAACACUUCAUUUCCAAUGCCUAUGAAGAAAAAUACCUUUCUCCUUAUUUCCUAAACGCACCUAAAAAAAUAAAAAAACCUACAAAAUUGUCUCGCGCGUUUUCCUUCUUCUUUUCAAUUUUCAGUUUUUGCUUAGUUGUUGAGAAAAUGCAAGAAAGCAAAGAUCAUGUGAUCAAGUUGUUUGGUCAGAAGAUUCAUUUACCUGCUGAUGGAGAGAUUUCAACCAUCUCUGCCAAUGACUUUGACAAGGCCAAGUGUGGGAACAGAGUAGUAGUAGUAGAAGAAGAAGAAGAAGAGGAAGAUGAGGAAGAGAAAGAGAAAACGGAGCAAGAUUCUUUAGCAGAAAAGACCACUAAGACUGGACAAGAAGAUGACACUCCCCCUUCAAAUACAAAGGAGGCAACAAAUCCUUCAACCUCGCCAGAGCCUAAUGUAAACCACAAAACUCCCUCUAUCGAUGAAGAAACCAAAAAAACAAAGACGGGCAAGACUGAUAAAGAACAAAGUGAUGCUACUAACUCACAAAAGAAGACACUUAAAAAGCCAGAUAAAAUACUUCCGUGCCCCCAUUGCAAUAGAAUGGAUACAAAGUUCUUCUAUUACAAUAAUUAUAACAGCAAUCAACCCCAUCAUUUCUGCAAAGCCUGUCAAAGAUACUGGACUACAAGUGGUACCAUGAGGAAUAUGCCAGUGGGAGCCGGGCGUCGUAAGAAUAAGAACUUUGCCUCACAUUAUCGUCACAUCUCUAUUUAUGAGGCUCUGUUUCCGGGUCGUGACACUCUGCAAGUAGCUCGAAUUGAUGCUCCAAAUGGAGCACAUCACCAUGCAUUGAAAUGCAAUGGCAGAGUCCUUAACUUUGGCAUAGAUGCACCCAUUUGUGAUUCCAUGGCUUCUGUCUUAAAUCUUGGGGAGAACAAGGUUAUGAAUGGUACUCGAAAUGGAUUUCAUGGUCUUGAAGAAGAUAAAAUUUCAGUUCCAUGCAGAGGGGAAAACGGUGAUAAUUGCUCAAGUGGAUCUUCUGUCACGAUUUCAAACUCAAUGGAGGAAGGAGGUAAAAGUUGCAUUCAAGAAACAAUGAUGGGGAACAUUAAUGGCUUCCCUUCCCCAAUUCCUUGUUUACCUAGUGUUCCUUGGCCUUAUCCAUGGAAUUCUACAGUGCCUCUACCAGCCUUUUGUCCAUUCGGAUUUCCUAUGUCAUUCUAUCCUGUUGCAGCUUAUUGGAACUGUGGUAUUCCAAGCACUUGGAACAUUCCUUGGUUGUCUCCUUAGUCUUCUUCUUUGAACCAGAAGACUCCAACUUCCAGGCCAAAUUCUUCAACACUAAGGAAACAUUCUAGGGAAGGGGACAUAGCUAAAGUAGAUGAUUCAGAAAAAGAAAAGCCAUCCAAAUAGAAGAAUGGAUCGAUUUUGGUUCCAAAAACUUUAAGGAUUGAUGAUCCAAGUGAGGCCGCAAAGAGUUCCAUAUGGGCGACACUUGGGAUUAAGAAUGAAUCACUUAGUGGGGGAGGGCUUUUCAAGGCAUUCCACCUAAAGAGUGAUGAAAAGAAUCAUAUAGCUGAAACAUCUCCAGUAUUGAGAGCAAAUCCUGCAGCCUUGUCGAGGUCCCUUAACUUCCAUGAGAGCUUUUGAACUGUUGACAUGCUAGGUGCUUGAUGUAGGCUAGAAAAAAAGAAUUGAAUCACUUACCAGCAUCUUCUUGGGGAUCAAUUUGAUCACAAGCCUUGCUAAAGACGAGUUAGAAAGCUAAUUGAGAUGAAGACAAAUGAGGGGUAGGGAACAGAGAAGAUGGUUUAAUCAUUUUCUCCUUGGCAAGAUGAGAAAAGCUCAGGGAAACUAAUUCUCUUCUUGUAACAAUAUAAACGCUAAACAUGUGCCUUUUGUUUUGCUUAGUUUGCUCAGUUUGUAAUGCAUGUACAUAUCUCUAUAUAUGUAAAAUACAGUGACAGAGUUGGAGAAAAAUCUUUAGAUGUACCAAAACCUAGGUGUACUGAACUAAAUUCUCAUACUGAAGCUGAAGAAUGGAUCCUUUUUUGUUUU